AUGGCGGGGGAGGAGAAUGGGCUGGUGACUAUCUACAUCUUAAAAUCUGAUUUUUUUUUAAUUUCUUGUAGGUUUUAUUGGGAUUUAAUAAUGCUUAUAAUGAUGGUUGGAAAUCUGGUCAUCAUACCAGUUGGAAUCACAUUCUUUACAGAACAGACAACAACACCAUGGAUUAUUUUCAAUGUGGCUUCAGAUACAGUUUUCCUUUUGGACUUGAUCAUGAAUUUCAGGACUGGGACUGUCAAUGAAGACAGUUCUGAAAUCAUCCUGGACCCUAAAGUGAUCAAGAUGAAUUACUUAAAAAGCUGGUUUGUGGUUGACUUCAUCUCAUCAAUCCCAGUGGAUUAUAUCUUUCUCAUUGUGGAAAAAGGAAUGGAUUCAGAAGUUUACAAGACAGCCAGGGCGCUCCGCAUUGUGAGGUUUACAAAAAUUCUCAGUCUCUUGCGUUUAUUACGACUUUCAAGGUUAAUUAGAUACAUACAUCAGUGGGAAGAGAUUUUCCACAUGACAUAUGACCUGGCCAGCGCCGUGGUGAGAAUUUUCAACCUCAUCGGCAUGAUGCUGCUGCUGUGUCACUGGGACGGCUGUCUCCAGUUCCUGGUACCACUGCUGCAGGACUUCCCACCGGAUUGCUGGGUGUCUCUCAACAACAUGGUUAAUGAUUCGUGGGGAAAGCAGUAUUCGUAUGCACUCUUCAAAGCGAUGAGCCACAUGCUGUGCAUUGGGUAUGGAGCCCAGGCCCCGGUGAGCAUGUCUGAUCUCUGGAUCACCAUGCUGAGCAUGAUAGUGGGGGCCACCUGCUACGCCAUGUUCGUCGGCCAUGCCACCGCUCUAAUCCAGUCUCUGGAUUCCUCAAGGCGGCAAUAUCAAGAGAAGUAUAAGCAAGUGGAGCAAUACAUGUCAUUCCAUAAGUUACCAGCUGAUAUGCGUCAGAAGAUACAUGAUUAUUAUGAGCACAGAUACCAAGGCAAAAUCUUUGAUGAGGAAAAUAUUCUCAGUGAACUCAAUGAUCCUCUGAGAGAGGAGAUAGUCAACUUCAACUGUCGGAAACUAGUGGCUACAAUGCCUCUUUUUGCUAAUGCGGAUCCUAAUUUUGUGACUGCCAUGCUGAGCAAGUUGAGAUUUGAGGUGUUUCAACCUGGAGAUUAUAUCAUACGAGAAGGAGCGGUGGGUAAAAAAAUGUAUUUCAUUCAACAUGGUGUUGCUGGUGUCAUCACAAAAUCCAGUAAAGAAAUGAAGCUGACAGAUGGCUCUUACUUUGGAGAGAUUUGCCUGCUGACCAAGGGACGCCGCACUGCCAGUGUCCGAGCCGACACAUAUUGUCGUCUGUAUUCGCUUUCUGUGGACAAUUUCAAUGAGGUCCUGGAGGAAUAUCCAAUGAUGAGAAGAGCCUUUGAGACGGUUGCCAUUGACCGACUAGAUCGGAUAGGAAAGAAAAAUUCAAUUCUUCUGCAAAAGUUCCAGAAGGAUCUGAACACUGGUGUUUUCAACAACCAGGAGAACGAGAUCCUGAAGCAGAUUGUGAAACACGACCGGGAGAUGGUGCAGGCGAUCGCUCCCCUCAGUUAUCCCCAGAUGACGGCCCUGAACUCCACAUCUUCGACGGCCACUCCGACGUCCCGCGUGAGGACACAGUCUCCGCCGGUGUACACCGCCCCCAGCCUGUCGCACAGCAACCUGCACUCCCCCAGCCCCAGCACGCAGACCCCGCAGCCCUCGGCCAUCCUCUCGCCCUGCUCCUACACCACUGCGGUCUGCAGCCCGCCCGUCCAGAGCCCGCUGGCCUCUCGAACUUUCCACUACGCCUCCCCCACGGCUUCCCAGCUGUCACUCAUUCAGCAGCAGCCCGUCCAGCAGUCCCAGCCGCCGCCGCCCCAGCCGCCGCCCCACCAGCCGCAGGCAUCCGGCAGCUCGACGCCGAAAAACGAAGUGCACAAGAGCACGCAGGCGCUUCACAACCCCAGCCUGACCCGCGAAGUCCGGCCCCUCUCGGCCUCGCAGCCCUCGCUGCCCCAUGAGCUUUCCACCAUGAUUUCCAGACCGCAUCCCACUGUGGGCGAGUCCCUGGCCUCCAUCCCUCAGCCCGUGACUGCGGUGCAGGCAGCCGGCCGGGGCACUGUCCCCCAGAGAGUCACCCUGUUCCGACAGAUGUCGUCGGGAGCCAUCCCCCCCAACCGAGGAGUCCCCCCGGCACCCCCUCCACCAGCAGCGGCUCAUCAGAGAGAGUCAUCGUCAGUCUUAAGUACAGACCCAGAGGCAGAAAAGCCACGAUUUGCUUCAAAUUUAUGAUCCCUGCUGAUUGUCAAAGCAGAAAGAAAUACUCUAAUAAACUGAGAAUAUGCUCAGACCUUAUUUUAUUCUAUCUCCUGAUAGAUCCCUAUAGCCUACUAUGAAGAGAUAUUUUAGACAGCUCUGGCCUACAUGCAAAAUGUAAAAUAUAUAUAUAUAUAUAUACAUAUACGAUUAAAUCUACACCUAAAAGUCUCAAGAGAAGUUCAAAAGACUUGUUUAGCAUUCAGUGUUAUAUGUCUUCCUUUCUUUAAAUCAUUAAAGGAUUUAAAAUGUUGUUGUAAGAUUAUUUAUUUUUAACCUACUUUUACUUAAUUCCUUUGAUAUAUGUAUUUCUCUAUUUUAUGAAGAGUUCUUGAAUUCAAUGGAAACAAACCUCUGGUUUUAAAAAGGCAACUCAAGUGAGCUACUGAAUAGCACCAAUGAAAACUUCUCUCAUUAGCUGUCUCUCUGCAUCUAAAUUGUUAGUUAUUAAUUAUGGAGGAUUCAAGAGCAAAUCCCAUUUUAUAGCUCUAAAUUGUUUUUUGGUGCUUUCAAUUUUGAAUUAGGUUAAAGAUCACACCUUAUGCUUGGCCGUGGUAGGGGACUAGCAUUGCCACCGCUAUGACUUUCUCUAACCUCAAACACGUCCACGAUCUUUUAGAGAGCUGAGGGGAUAUUUCUCUUCACGUGUUAUCGGACUUUUACCAAGACUCAAUCAAUGUUAGUUGUAAAUAACUUUUCCAACCCAGAUAAAAAUACCUAUUCUGUGCUGUAUGAAGGUAAAAGUCAUCAUUGAAGAAUUUAGUUUUAUUGCUUCACUUCGAAACUUAGAUUUUAAAUUUUACAAAACCUAAUUGUGACACUUACUCAACUGUAAUGCAAUGGCUUGAAACCUACAAUAUUAUUUUAACCUGCAAUGUUUUAUGCAAAACUGUAUGCUCGAUUCUACAAAUUGCUUGUAUUACACCGAACAUCAUUCCUUUUCUUCCUUCUUGCCAUAAUCAAGCAUCCGAAAAUAGGCCCUGCAUGCUUUUUGGGGAAAAAAAAAAAGGUUCAAAGCAUGUAGGGAAAAGGCUUACAGUAUUUCUCGUUCUUAGACAAGUAUAACCAUUCAUUAAUUGCCUAUCUUGAAAUUCCUAUAAGGCUGACUUGGAUCUCUGACUUAAGUCUAGAAGUGAGGUUUUCACUUUCGUUUAAUGUUAUUAUUAUUAUUAUCAUUAUUAGUAGUAUUAUUAUUUCAAAAAUGAUUUGUAAACCAUAGCUUGAUUUGGAGUCACCAGUGUGUUCUGUGUCUUCACUGUAGUUGGUAGUUUACAGUGGUGUUAAUUUAAAAAAUAAAUACACUAUAGCAUCAUGUCUGCUUGGGAAUACACACUUUGCGCUAUGUGUAUUGUAACUAAAUAGCUAGUAACUCUGAAGGCAUGUGGUGACUAACAUAGCCCUUAGAUAGGAGGUUUGGUGUUUUAAAAGUGCUGCAAAAAGUACAGACAUGGUGCCAGCAAGCAGGGGUCAAACCGAAUGUCUGUGAGCAUUGUUUGUUUGUUUGUCUGUUUCCUUAGCUCUUUCCACGAUCUCUGAGCAUCUGCUUCUUCUCAAAGAAGUCCCUUAGAGAUCAGUUGUGCCUAAUGCAUCCCACGAAUAUGGUGGAUGACUGGAACACAGGUGGAAGGUUCCUAAUAACUGACUUCUGUACACAACCCAAGUUAAGACAAUGACCUAAAGGAAGGUCUUCCUUAUCUCUGACAUUGGCGAUCCAUUUAAGAAGAACUUGACAAAGAUCACGCAUGAAAUGGGGCAGGGCCUCCAGACAGACUUGAGGACAGAAAACAAAAACAAAAGCAAAAACUCUAAAUUGGAUCCUUGCUGCCUGUUACGCCUUUUAUGGAGCUGAUACCUAUAAUACCAAAAUGAGUUGUUAUGUUUAAUUUCUAACAGCCCAGCUUGUGUGAAAGGAAUCAAUGUGAUGUUAUCAUGAACACGCUGGUGACCUAUGCUGGUGCUUCAGGAAUGGUGUAAGAAAGGGAUUGUUCGGUCUACCUAGAACCUAUGGGGAAGCUGCAAGACCAUUUACAUAUCAGUACAAAACUCCUUUAUUUUAUUAAAAUACUGAGAAUGAACUUCAAUUUAUGAGCAUCAUAUAUUGGCCCUUUAAAUUAUUAAAGGUUUACAUUUGAUAGGACUAAUGGGUUUGGUAGUGAAAUAUUUUUAUAUACAUAUAUAAAUUUUUGGUUUUUUAUUUUGAGCACUAUUGAGAAACAUAAGCAAAAUUGAACUGCAUGGUCUUUCAGUGCAACCAUAAAAUUUUUAUUCACUUUGUAACAGAAUGGACAAAAAAAAAAACCCUAAGGUUUAUAUGUUAAAAAUAAAGUGGUACAGGGUAAAUUAUAUACAUAUAUAUGUAUGAAUAUAUAUACUUAGGUUAAGAAAAAUUGACUCACAUUCCUGUAAUAUAAAAGUCCACUGCUAGUUGAAAAGUGACCUCUUUUCUCUGUACAUAGUUAAGCCCAUAAGUAUGGAGUUUUAAACUGUACAGAAAGAAAUGUAUUAUUGAAAAGACUGGUCUUCCUGCUGCUGGGAAAAUAGUAGAAAAGCUAAUUCUUACAAAAACUGUAUGAUCAGGGAUGAGUUAGAGUAUUUCUUUUGUCUUUGCUCAAAGCCAUACAUAUAUAAAUAUAUAUAAAGAUUAUUAAUAAAUUCAACAGAAAAUAAACUAAAA